AUGGGGACAACACGCGAGAAGCCUCAGCUCGCGGCGCGCGCCAAGCGGUUCGUCUUCGGCAUGACAGCAGCCGUGACUGGGACGUUCCGAGCGCUUGCGGACACGGAAGUGCGCAGUGUCUUUUCAAGGAGUGUGAAAGCGCUGCUGAUUCUUGCCGUUGUGCUGUCCGCUGCGCUGCACCUGGUGCUGCUGCCUGUCGAGUGGAUCAGCUCGCUCGUUCUCGAUCCCGAAACGGUGGAUGCCAGUGUGCGUGCUUUUCGCUACGCAGCUGCCUCGACUGUCCCGAUCCUCCUCGUUGGCGUGUGUCGCUACUUCAGCGUCAAAAUGUUUGAGAAUGCUUUUUUUGCGGGACUAUCUACACGCGAUGCAGAGCUCGCUGCGACGAUCCGAAAGAGAAAAGCAAUCUACUGGGACUGGGAAUAUGCUCAUCAUGUGAUGCGGUUCGGGCUGCGCCAGGUCGGCUUUGGACUCGUGGCUCUCGUGGCGAAACCGGUUCUGGGAAUGCUGAUUCCCAUUGCGCAGUUUGGCUAUCGUAUUCGACAUAUGGAGGUGACAUUCCUUUUGCCUCUGUUCGUGGCCUUCGUUUACCCGGCAACGCGUGGGACGGCGCUGCAGCUAGUGCACAUGUGGCUGGACUCGCGAGCCAUGAUCCGCGAGCUCUUUGACCCCAUUAUCGCCCGUCUCAAGUCGGCAGCAAAGCACGGGGAUCGAAACGUCAACACGGAUUUGCUCACGGACAUGGAAAUCGACAGUGAGGAGGUCGACGGCCGGGAGAAGCAACGGGACUGGCACCAGAGUGGAAGUGACGCUGCUCGCUUAGGCUUUGGACUCGUUUUCUGCUGCAUGUUGCAGAUUCCCUUUGUCGGUCCAUUCACCUGGUUCAUCGGAUUUGCUUCUGCUGGGCUCUUUGCCCCAGAGCUCGUGGAGCUCAGUGUUUUCAGUCAGAAGAGAACGACGUAG